GGGCCCAAGCGGAGGCCCUCCACAUUGGGGAUGUUCACUUUUCUGUCAAGCCUGGCUCUAGCACCUCCUCUCCCAAGCUCCACUCCAGCGCUGCCGUGCACCGGCUCAAGAAGGACAUCCGGCGCUGCCACCGCAUGUCCCGGCGCCCUCUGCCCCGUCCCGACCCCCAGAACGGCGGGAGCGUGGCCGGGGGCACCAGCAUCCGUCCUCCUGUCUCACCCUUCUCCGAGACCGUCCGCAUCAUCAACCGCAAGGUGAAGCCCCGCGAGCCCAAGCGCAGCCGCAUCAUCCUCAACCUCAAAGUCAUUGACAAAGGUGGGAAGCCUCCCAAUGGCGCGGGUGGCCUGGCCCGACCCAAGAUCCCUUCCCGAAACCGCGUCAUCGGCAAGAGCAAAAAAUUCAGCGAGAGCGUCCUCCGCACGCAGAUCCGCCACAUGAAGUUUGGCGGCUUCUCGCUCUACAAUAAGCCGCCUACUGCGCCCACCCCCGCGCUGGAGGGCAAAGGGGAGGCCGAAGGGUCCCAAGCGGCCUCAUGCGGCCUCCUUAUGGGCUCCAGCCCUUACGAUGCCCCCAGCUCCAGCUCCUCCGGCUGCCCCUCGCCCGCCCCGCACUCCUCGUCCGACCCUGAUGAUUCCCCUCCGAAGCUGCUUCCUGAGACCCUCAGCCCCGCCGUCCCUGACUGGCGCGAGUCGGAGGUCCUCGACCUCUCCAUCCCGCCUGAGUCAGCGGCCACCAGCAAGCGCUCCCCUCCAGGAGGCUGUGGCAGCGGGCAGGCGCCUUCCUUGGCCCUUUCCUCUCCGGAGACGGAGCAGGAGACCGGCGAUUGGCGCCCCGAGAUGUCCCCCUGCUCUAAUGUGGUGGUCACAGAUGUCACCAGCAACCUCCUCACGGUCACCAUCAAGGAGUUCUGCAAUGCGGAGGAUUUUGAGAAAGUGGCAGCAGGCGGCGGCGGAAGCAGCAAGUGAGCAGCUGGUCCCUGCGCUCUGGGGGCCCGGGGGCAGCUCUGCCCGUGAGAAGUCGUGGUGUGAAUGGCUGU